AUGCGCGGCGCCAGAGCCGAGGCCGACGCGCGACUGCGCGCGCAAGUCGACUUCUACGCCCGGCUGCGCAGAUCCAUCUUCGUCAACGGCGAGUCGCUUGGCGUCACUGCCCUCGACGAUGUGGCCGUGGCCGUGCUGGCCGACGACACGCUGUUGCCCGCGCCCGACCGCUUCGCUGUUCAAGCUGUUCCUGCACCCGCGACCAAGCGUCCGGCCGCUUUGAGCGCUGAUGACCAGAACGCCCCCGCCGCCAAGAAGCAGCGCAAGAGCUCGCGCACCCCGCAGUACCUGUUCGACUUACCGGACACCUGCCACCGCGACGUUCAGCGAGACGUCGAGAAGCUAGUCAAGGCCGCCGCCAAGCAGGACAAGACCCCGCCGCGAGCAGCGUACCCCUGGACCAGGCAGCGCGCCUGGUACGACCCGGAAGAGUUUCCGGAGCUCCACCUGAUGCACUGGCGCUACUACAUGCGCCACCGUGACACGUUCUUCGACUGUGCGCUGUACGCUCGCCGCCGCGACCAGCUCAACGCGAACCAAGGCCGCCUCGUGCUGGUGAGUGUGAACGUCUGCCUCUUCGGCUGGUACGGCUUCCUCGACCGCUUCGAGAACACCGUUCACGACAACCUCAUGUGGCUCGGAGGCAAGGCCGCCAAGCGUUCCGUGUUGGCC